UUCUGGGGCUGAGUUCUUGCUCUCAGUCUGCACACUGGCCCCCAUCCCAGGGGCUGGAGGGUUAAACUGGGAGGGUUCAGCACCUCACUGGUGGGAUGCCAAGCCCAGAUUAACCAGUUGAAGACGUCACUUUCCAUUAUGGGAAAGGCUCCCAAAUAUCCCUGAAGCUUUUGGUUCUGGGGAUUAGCCACCAGCACACUGAGCUCCUGGCACAGAGCAGGGGUCCAUCGGUGCUGCAGGGCCCGUGGCCAUGAGUGGGGCUGGGAGCUGCUCCCAGGGGCAUCAUCUGGGUGGCUGAGAACGACCAUGUGGGAGUGGGUCAGAAGAGCUGUGCUGCACUCACUCUCCAGGGCCCUCCUGCGCCUCUGGAAGUGGGUACGGGCUUUCUGGUACAAAAAUGGCCUCUUGACCCUCUCGAUGCUCUCGGUUGUCACCGGAUGCCUCCUGGGGUUCCUGCUGCGGGCACUGGAGCUGACAGACCUGGAGAAGCAGUAUUUUUCCUUUCCUGGAGAGCUCCUCAUGAGGAUGCUGAAGAUGCUGAUCCUGCCCUUGAUCACUUCCAGCCUCAUGUCUGGGCUGGCCACCAUGGACUCCAAGGCCUGUGGGAAGAUGGGGGUGAUCACCAUCACCUACUACCUUUGGACAACCUUCAUGGCAGUGACUGUGGGCAUCAUCCUUGUUGUCAGCAUCCAUCCUGGUGCAGCUGCCCAGAAGGACAACUACUCUGUGGGGAAAGUGGUGCUCAGCUCUGCCGAUGCGUUACUGGAUUUAAUCAGAAACAUGUUUCCUUCUAACCUGGUUGAAGCUUCAUUCCAGCAGUAUCGAACUGUUCUUGUCCCAGUGGUGAAGUCUCCGGGUUUUCCAAAGAUCCCAGGAAAACCUGUCAAUUUUAUUUACUUUGCACCCGAUGACAAAAAUCCUGAAAUCCAUCGGCCUGUGUUCCUUGAGCUGACACCAUCACCCGAGAUGACCUACAGGACUCUGGCUGGGACCAGCAAUGAGAUGAAUGUCCUGGGGAUUGUCAUCUUCUCAGCAACCAUAGGACUUCUCCUGGGAAAAAUGGGUGAGCGAGGAGCCCCGCUGGUUAACGUGUGCCAGUGUCUGAACGAAGCAGUUAUGAAAAUUGUCUCGAUGGCCGUUUGGUACUUCCCCUUUGGCAUUGUAUUUCUCAUAGCUGGAAAGAUCUUGGAGAUGGAAGAUCCAUCGGUUAUAGGACAGAAGCUGGGACUGUAUGUUAUUACAGUAGUGUCAGGGCUUGCCUUCCAUGGGAUCAUCCUCUUACCUCUGCUUUUCGUGCUCAUCACCAAGAAAAACCCCUUUGCUUUCAUUCAGGGGAUACUGCAAGCCUUGCUGAUCGCCUUAGCUACAUCCUCCAGCUCAGCCACCCUGCCCAUCACCCUCAAGUGUCUCCUGGAGAACAACGGCAUCGACAGACGUGUGGCGCGGUUUGUGCUCCCUGUCGGGGCCACCAUCAACAUGGACGGCACUGCGCUCUAUGAGGCGGUCGCUGCCAUCUUCAUUGCCCAGGUCAAUGAGUAUGAACUGGAUUUGGGACAAAUUAUAACUAUAAGCAUCACGGCCUCGGCAGCCAGCAUCGGGGCCGCCGGGAUCCCGCAGUCCGGGCUCGUCACCAUGGUCAUUGUGCUCACCUCCGUGGGGCUGCCCACCGAGGACAUCACCCUCAUCAUCGCUGUCGACUGGGCUCUGGACCGACUACGAACGAUGACCAACGUCCUUGGUGACGCCCUGGCUGCUGGCAUCAUAGCGCACGUGUGUGAGAAGGACUUUGCCCCCAAGCCCUCCCCACAAGACCCAGUGAGCAACACAGACAAGUUUCCUUCUGCAGAGACAUCACACCUGCAUCCCAAAGACAAUGGGAUUGAAAUGAUUGAAGAAACCCUGUUGGAUCAGACAGGAGUUCACUAUAACAUCUGCCAGGUGUAGAUAACGGCAUUCCUGCUCCCAGGAAUGGUGUCUUGGUGCUAAACACUGACAUCGUGAGUGUCGCAUAUGGAUGCUCUGCAAGACAAAGGCCUUACUUGGCUCAAAGAAUGGGAAAAUCCUCUCUUAUGCUUUGAAAACCAUGGGACUCCCAGCAGACACCCAAAGAGCAUGGCUCUGCUGCUGGGGCAGGGAGCCAGCUCCUCCCUGCACCUGAGGACACAGCUGGGAGCUCACUGCCCUGUCUUAAAUGGCUGGGUUUGAAGGAUUGAUAACUCCCAUUUUUCUACACUCACAUAUUUUUGAAAGCUAGGGAGGUGAGCAGGUGGUAGCAGACUGGAUUUGGUGAGAAUGCAGUAGGGGUGGGACAUAACACUGAGCCCUCUGGCCAGCAGCUCUUCCCUGAAGGCCAGGCUGUGCUCCAGAAGCUUUUGUUUUCCUCAUUAUAGAGAUUAUCAUUGCUUUUUAUUUUACUACUGGGUUUUCAUCUAAAAACUAAGAUUAAGUGAAUUUUUGUCUAGAGCUCAAAAUCCAAGUUGGACAUAACUGGAUUUCCCAGCUGUCAGGUGACAGACAGGACAGCUGAGCUGUUGCACUCUCUCAGGGACAGUGGCAUCCACUGGCUGGAAGGAAGGAAGACCAGCUGUACACCUGUUUCUACAGCUGUUUUAUUACAGAGAACUAAUUAACUAGGCCCGAUUGCAACUGUGUUGAUUUUCCCAGCUAAGUAUCUGUCCCCAAGCUCAAAUUCCAAUUACAGCCUUAAAAUCCAGGCUUCCCAGGGCAGCCUUCUACACAAAAGCCUUUUAUACCAACAAUUCAUGUCACUGAACUAAUUUGUCUCUCAAAAUGUCACCUCAUCCCUUUUCUUCUUCUUGAUCUUUCCUGCCACAGAAUUGGGACUCGUAAUACAGGUCAGACCCCCACUCACAUCACUGAAUUGUUCUCUAACUGCACAUAAAGAAAACAUUUUCUGUGCAGAAUUCCUUCAAGCUGAAGUCAGAGGUUGUAAAAAAAUUUCUAAUUUAGAAGAAAUAUUCAUUCCAGUUUUGCCAAAUGAAAAGCAGAAACUAUUAAAUGUCAUAUAUCAGCUUUUGCACAAAAAUUGUCUUUUAUUAACUUACAAAAGCCUUCACAUAAUUAGAAUCCUGGGCAAUGUAAGCUUCAGACACUGCUGCUAACUUUGGCCUUUUUCGCCCCUUUCCCUUGGUGAGGUUAGUUAAUACCUUCUUAAACCUUACAGUCCAACUGUUCUUCAAGGAGCAGUCACAUAAUUUGCAAACCCAAAAUAAAGACAUUUCAAAUCAAUCUCUGCAGCUUCCCCAGACAUCCCUCCCUCCUUCCCGUACCAUUUAUAAUCACCUUGAUACAUCACACGCUGGUUCAGCAUCGCUGGCUCUGAAGGGUUUUGUGGUUGUUCCUCUACACCAGGAGCAAGCUCAGCCACCCCAAACCCCCUGGGAGAUGCUGGUGAACACUGGGGAGGCUCCAGGCAGCCCCAGCUCUGGACAAGGAUCCAAGAAUCCUGUCUGUCUGCAAGUUAUCCACAUCCCACUGGACAGCUCCAAUGCACCUGCUCCAGCGCAGUAAUUAAAAUGGGGAAGAUUUAUGAGACCUUUCUGGUUAGUCACUGGUGCAUAAGAGUGCCCACAUCCCUCACUGGAUGCCUGGGUUAGUCCAGGCCAACCAGCAGACACCAGCACAGGCAGCAGAGAUGAGCCCCACUUUCACAUCCAUUCCCCUCUCAUUGAUGAGCUCUGGAUAUUACUGCACACAAUUAACCCUGCAAUGAAAGGCAGGAUGGAACGUCCAUAGUAAAGGUCCUCGAGUGAAUGUUGGAAUGCUGGGGCUGCAGGAUGAACCUCGAGGCAGCCACUCCCACCACUGGGCUCUGGCUGCUGCAGACCAGACCACCUUAUCCCUUGCCCUAGAAACUGCAAGUCAUUCUAAAACAAACUGCACAUCCUUGAACUCACUACAACAACAACAAAAAACAAACAAAAAAAAAAGACUGAAAAAACUGAGUAUUCUACAUCAGUAAUAAUCUAGAGCUGGUAAAGCCAAUCCCACCCUGUACAACUUGCCCCACGAGCUGCAAGUCCUGUGCUUUAUCAAUCCCAGAAUGGUUGGAUUGGAAAGGAACUUCAAGCUCAUCUACCAUGGGCAGGGACAUCUACUAGACCAGGCUGCUCCAAGCCCUGUUCAACCUGACCUUGAAAGUGUUGGUAACAUUUCUUACUGUCUGGUAAGAUUCAGAGAUGUUAAUUCAGAUUAAGAGAGACAUUUUGGUUUUGGAAAUAGGCAGGAAGUAUUUUGGUGCUAGUAAGGUUAAGUGUCAUGCCAGAGUCCACACAGCCUUGUCCUUGUGACAAAUACAGCAAGAGAGACCUUUGAGUCCAGCAGCCUAAAAAAUUGGGCUGUCAUCACUGUGCUUCUCUAACAGGAUAAAACAAAGGGAAAAAAAUAAUUCAAGUGCUUCUAAAAAUCCCUUUGUGGUCUGGUCUAGAGGGAAGGCUUUGUUAUUGAUGGGGAAAACCCAAAGGCAGCAAGGACAAUCCAUCUUCAGCACUGCACACAGGCACAGGAGAGGCGCCUGAACAUCUUUAACAGGGCAGAAAUCAUGGAAAAGUAAAUUAAGCAGAUUUACAGGAUGGUCCAGCUGAUGAGGGGCCUACCGUCCCAGACUAUGUCCUUGGAAUGGCAUCAUCCCAACCCCACCUGUGUUUUCAAUAACCUGCUGCUGGGGAAACACUGAUACCAAUGUUCAUCUGCUGCCCAGGGGGAACAGCAGCCUCCCCUCAGUGCUAGCCCUGAGAGCCAGUGGCACCCAUGGAACCCCAGAAUGUCAGCAGGGCUAUAGAAAGCAACACAAACUCAUCGAGGGUGAGGAACACGAAAUUUCUAGAAGAGAAAGCAGCAGAGUCUGGACAAAGUCACUGGGCAUCACCCGGAGGAGUUUUAUUCUGUACCAACUGUAUUCAGGACACCAGGAUGGGAGGGAGGUGAAGGACCAUGUGUCCUACAUCAGGAAAACUGAGGUGUCUUGCUUGGCAAACUGAAAUCUGUCUAUUCAUCCCCAAAGAAGUUAAAACAAGGAUGCUGGGGCACUGCCCAGGCUCCCCAGAGAAUGGUCCCAGCCCCAAGGCUGCCAGAGCUCCAGGAGCGUUUGGACAACGCUCUCAGGGAUGCACAGGGUGGGAUUGUUGGGAUGUCUGUGCAGGGACAGGGGUUGGACUGAUGAUCCCUGGGGGUCCCUUCAAGCUCAGGAUAUUCUGUAGUUCCGUAAUUAAAUUCUACAGACUAACACACUGCAUCUUCAAAGUAUUUUAAACUGUUGUCCCAGGCACCUGUAAGAAAAAUACGUGCCUCUCUCUCUUUUCUAACACUGAAAAUCUAACUCAGUGUUAUUUCCAUGCAACUGGAGACGUACAGGCAGUGCAAGGUACACACCCUACAGCACAGAAAUCUGGUGUACAGAAAGCAUACAAGCUCAAACCUGUAUUUCUUCCUUGGGAAUCCUUGUUUUCCUUACAAACAAAAAUCUCAGCUAUGGUAAUAUAGAUGACCCCUGGGUUAUGGUUGCUGUGUAUGAUAUUGUAAUAAAGUUGGAGAGCAAUUGGGUGAAGGAAUUUGGCUGUUUUACAAGUGUUAUUUUACUGAAAAAGAAAUUCAAGGAAAGCUACUUUGGUGAACUAAAAUCCAUAUGGAAGGUAUUUACAGGGUCUGUGGCUAUUAAGCAAAAGAUAAAGUUGAAACAGCCCUUGGCUUUGGGGCACCUCCCAGACAUGGGCAGAAAACCCACCUGUUGGCCACGUGAACCUUGACUGGAGAAUGACAUUUCCGCAGUGGUAUUUGGGAGUUUGAGGAUGUGACUGACCACAAACACCAAGCUUAAAUGAAUUUUCACAGAACGGAAUGACUCAAAUGUAUACUUUACUCAAAAGACAUUGACUUGUUCCUACAAGCCCAUGGAUAAGUUGUCUCAAUCCCACAGAUUGGUUCUUGUCUGAGCAUCAGUUAUUUUUCAGAGCACAAGUUAUUUUUACAUAUCUGAAUUUAUAAAAUGAGUUUUCAUUUUUAAGAUCAACUCACACUCAUUUAUAAGAUGAGUUUUGAUCAGGGACUUUGGUUUUUGUAUUAUUUUCACACCUUUUUAGGAUGUGUAAAUGGAGUUGGAAGGGCACUGUCAGCAGAGCACUGCUGCCAUCCUUCCUUUGGAUCACAAUGUGGUUCAGUUUGUAUUUUACUAAAACUGAAAAAAGUAACAAAAAACCUCAAUGCUGUAGCAUGUGACAAAAUACAAUCCAAACAGAUGUGAAAACCAGCCCAAAGCUCUCUUUUAAUUUAAAAUACUACCCACUUCAAAAUUACUCUGCAAGUUUUCUAGAAUAAUUUUGAAAAUUCCCUUCCAUUAAAUGCUUUGAAGGUAAAUAAUUAUUCAAAUCUAUUAAACCCUCAGGUUUCUCUGUAAAACCAGACAUCCAAAGCAGCUCUGAACAGAUAUGGCUCAAAUAGGGGUGUUUUUUUGACAACAGCAUGUAUCCUCCACUAAAUGCUCUUCUAAGGAGUGAAUGCCUCCCUGGGGAUGUGUUUUCUGCCUCUCCCUCUCCAAUUCACUGUAUGCAUUUGUUUCCUUGAGGAAUUCCUAAUCUUGUCUGAUGUGAUAAUAAAAUUUUCCAGAAAAUCUGAAUUAAUUAUUUCAGUCCUUCCUGCAGGCAGGUGCAGCUCAGUCCAUCACCCAGGGGUUACACACACCUCAGCCCAGGGUCAAGGCAGGUCCCGCUCCGAACGUGGUGCUAGGAGAGCACAGCGAGGCAUGUCAAUGCCUGUGUUCAUGGGACCAUUUGCAAACUGUUCAACAUUUAACAGUUCAGAUCUAGCUCAUAAACUGUCAUUCAGUGUUCACAUGGAGAGAAUCUCAUCCCACCUCCUGCCACAGGCAAGGACUUCACUAUCCCAGGGUGCUCCAAGACCCCUCCAACCUGGCCUGGAACGCUUUCCAGAGAUCCAGGGGCAGCCACAGCUUCUCUGGGCAACCUGUGCCAGGGUCUCCCCACCUCACAACCGAGAAUUUCUUCCCAAUAUCCCAUCUAACCCUGCCCUGUGGCAGUGGGAAGCCAUUCUCCUUUGUCCUGGCACUCCGGCCUCUUGUCUCAAAUCCCUCUCUCAGUAUCUUACAGGCUCCCUAAAAGUUGCAUCUGCACCUUUACUGGGCCCUCAGGGCCAGUGUUUAGACCCCACCCAGCACCCCACAGAUCCCAUCAGUGCCCAGCCAUGCACAGCACAGGGUGCAGUGCAGAGGUGCCCCAUGGACUUGUUACCUUGGGCCUCCACCAGCCUGGGUAAUUCUGCUGCAUGUCCCACAUCACCAUGUUCAGCAUUCUCCAGAUGCAAACUUGCCAGGAUUCAGUGUGGGGGGGAAACCAUAGCAUCCUUGUGUAAGAUGCUCCAAAAUCCAUGUCAGGAGUAGCCAGACUUCUGCAGGUGCAGAGGUCCUGGCACCCAGGUGUGCAAUGAACACUUACCUUUGUUUUCUAGAAGCUUUGUGUCUCAUUUAAACUACACAUAUGAGGUGCCCUGUAGCCAACAGUGAGAGUGAGGCACCUUCCUGAGUAGUACACCUCAGGCUUUAGGAGCAGAUGUCUUCAGAAGGCUCUUACCGAUGGGUUUGGACUGGGUGCUAAGACUUUAAUAGUUUUAGUCAGUAGGAUGAAUCCCACCCUAAAUUACAUGUCUGAGCAAGAGACCUAUUUUUAGAAGACUGACCCUUCAAAUGCUAAAAGGCCAGAUUUUAGUUUUCGCUCUGAGCCAUGGACUUAGGCAACCACAGCUCAACACAGACAGGAAAGAACAAUAAAGCUGAAACAUUACACCCAACCCAAAACUUGCUGCUCCACUUACCUGGCCAUUUCCCCUCAGAGAUCUUCUACUCACUGUCCUUCCUUCAAACACAAAAAAAUGGGUAUUUGGCCAUUCUCCUCCUUCUUUCCCUUUCAAUAUUCCUGGAGUCUUCACCCACCUGCAAAGCAGGAUUUUAAACCAGAUUCUGGUGCUAAAACAGUGAGAAGAGCAGCAUCAUGACCCCAACUUCAGAACACUGUGUUGUCUCUAGACAUCUCACUCCAUUUCUGUCUUGCUUUCUCUACCCCAAGCAGUUACUUAUUUACAACUGCAAUCACUAGAGACAGACAAAACACAUGCUCUUUGAACUUACAGCCGGGCAGACACCUGCUGGUGGUGUCACAGCUCAAGCCAGGCUAACUUCCUCACAAUUCUCCUCCUAAUGCCAACAAAAUGUCAAUCCUGACCUUUAACUGUUGGUUUUUACUGCUCAUGUAUCAAGUGAUUCUUCCCCAAAGGAUGAGGCAUCUGCCCAGCUGCUAUUCAGAGUUAUGAGCUGCUCUUCCCAACCAUGCUUCCCUCUAACCUGAGCACCAACCCGCGUUUCCUAGACAUGAAGCCUUAAAGUAGGAAAUAAAACAUUAAUACAUAUCCUUCCCAAGCAGCAAUUACUCACUUGCUCACAACUAAGCAGAACUCAGUUUUAAUUCACUCUCUCACCCUUCCAACCAGGUGCAAACCACACAGGGAACUGUUCAGGCUCUGAGUUCACCUAUGGACCUCAAUUAUUUCACCUUUUGAACCCAAAAUCAAAAAACCUGCCUUUUCCCUCAUGGUCUAGCAAAGGCAGGAGCUAGUGAGCAGGAGCCAAGGUAAGUCUCAGCAGUGACACAGCCAAGCAGCAGAGAACAGAAACAACCUGGUGAUUCCCACUGUUCAGGAUGAACACCAUGCAUCCCCCAGCAGCACUGCUGGAGCAUUAACCCCCCAAAAUUGGCAGAUAUAAACCAACCAGAGACACAAGAACCCUGCAAAUGGGCAGAUACGAACAAUCAAGACUCCUCUUCCAUUGUCCCUCGCACCCACAAAGCACUCAAACACAGCCAAAAGGAAAUAGCACCCACCAGAAACAUCCAACAGCCACACAAUUCCACCUACUCUGAGUCAGGCUGGGGACAAGGACCACCAUAUCCUGGUGCCCAAAGCAGAUGGCCUCAUAACAACACCCUGUGUUGUAAGGAAGAACCCAGGGCUGGGGCAGUGAGCCCACAGUAGAGAGAAACCCCUCCCGUGUGCACAGCUCAUGGGGCGACCCCGGCUGGACAGUCCUGAUGAUCCUGGCAGCCACACUCAGCAGGUAAGCUCUGCCCUCCUCACCAAAUCACCCUCCAGCUGUAUUUCACCUGCAACCAUCAGGAACACACUGCUUUAAGCCAGGAUUGCAAAUACAGCUCUGAAGAGCAAAAUGAUUCAGUGACAACCCCCACAAGUCCUUGGCUGGCUCUGGACAGCAAACAGCCAUGUCCAUCAUCACUGCAGCACCAGCACUGCCUUUACCUGAGAAAUGUGUUGAGCUGGUCGAAGCUGUCAACAGCAGGUUUCUUGUGUGCGCAAUUCAUUCUCACCACUGCAUCAUUACCCUACACGACAUGCUCAUUUCUCCCAUCUCCCACCCCCAUAAGGAAAACCACCAAAUUGCUCAGCUGGUUCCCUGUCAGAAUACGAAAGGCAGGAUGGUUCAGUUCAGCACAAACACAUACCACAAGGUUUGGGCCUCUCCAUCUAUUUCCUCGUAAGCAAAAAGAGCUCAAGAGCAGUGCCACAUGCUGCACCUGGGAACGGGACAUCCAAAAAGCUUCUCUACUCCAGUCUCUUUGGCAGAAAGAACUCACCAUCUGCCCAUUCUGAGCCUCCUAUGACACCUGUGUGACCAACCCCUGAACAAAAGAUUUUGAACUUCACAUCAACAGCCUUCCACUGCAUUUUCAUAAACAGUGACAUGGACAGUAGAUUGCCAAAUCCUGUCCUAGAAGGAUUUCCCCACUCACAGCAUUGUGCAUCUUCCAGCUAAAGGUUACAGACUGGUGGCACACGCAGAUGUAAAUGGACUACCCCAGCAAGCUUUUCUGGAGAGCUUCAGUCCUGCAUCACAAGAUGCUACAAUGCACAUGACUGAACUACAGGACUCACUUGGACUCUCCUACUCCCACAGGCCCUCAACAAUUUGCACCCAAAGCUCCCUCUCACAGCUGUGUCCCACAUCCCUGUGACAGCUCCUAAACGUGUCUGUGUCUGUGCACUCCUACGCAAAACGCCCAACCCAGGCUCUGGGCCAUGAGUGGAUCACACUCCUGCAUCUCCAAGACCUCUCCUCAUACAGUAGGGUGGGAAUGGGGGAGCCAGGGAAUACAGCAUCUCUCCACAAUUUCCAGCAGAGGAUGCCAUAGCACACACGUGAUACCUCAGUAUAGGUAAGUGCUGAAAAUGCAUCCCAGAAAUGCGGAAAAUUAGUAAUAUCCCAUCAGCUGAAAACCUCCUGCUAACUCUUCCAUGCUGCCUUCCUUCUUUAAAACAACUUCCACCCUAAAUUUCCUGUAUUUGUAACCGCCAAAGUUUAUUUAGUGGUAUCCAACACCAUAUCAAAUGCUUUACAAAAGUUCAUGUAAAUGGGACUUACUGAAUUUAAAAAAUCUAUUUACUGACUAUUCUCAAAGUAACCCACCAAAUUAAUUAUUCUGUGAUGAAAUAUAUUUGAACAUUUUCAUUUAGCUCUGUAUCUUUAAAUUCUGUUAUUCAGAAUUUGAAGCAUAUGGCUUUAGAGUAGUUUUUUAGACUAUGCCCUUGGAAGAAGCUACCACAGCCUUCAUUCCCUGGUUCAGCACUUUGCAGGGAUAAGUGUCCUGCCUAGACAAACAGAUUCUGCAGCACAGAGAUCAGUUUAACAGGGUUGUACCAGCCCAUGCCAUACACCCCUAAUACACAUUUGUCUGUGCUAUGCCAUUUUCCACACAUGAGACACUGCCAGGAGGGACAAGUUAACGUUACUUCCUACAAGAACUCUUGUGCUGACCGUGCACUUCUGUUGAAGAUGACAUCUCUUCUGGUUUUAGCAGGGCCAUUCUCUUGCAGGUCCUUGCACUUCCAUUGUCGAACCUUCAGUAACCAACACAGCACGUCCUCCCUGUGGCUGAACACGGAGUUGCUUCCUUCCCCACUUCACAGCUUACAAAUAGCUCCUUUCCUUCCUGACAUUUGGGAAGUACCUUUGUUUCUCACCAGUCCUCCACUACUCCAUUUACUCUGAUUUUAAUACUUUGGGUAGGAUUUUUGCCAGUGCAGAAUUUUUGGCUUUUGCCAGGUAUAUGGACUGAUGAUCGCACCAGCAGUCCAAGGACUGUCCUUUACAUCCACAGUCCACCCUCUAGUCUAGCUGGCUUUCCAGAAUAAUUAAUUCCUACAGUUUUCUUGAGCCUGCAGGUGACCCCAAGCACUAUCCAGUGCACUUUUUGAUAAAAGUGCCAUAUUACACAGCCUGAUCCCACCCUUUAAUUGCCCCUUUAGCAUGGCUGCAAUGGAGACUACACGGGAACCAGAUCCAACAACUGAUCCAGGUUUAAAGGAACCACUGGCAAGACUUAUCUUUCUUUUAAUUAAAAAAAUUUAAUUUAAGCCUACCAACAGCUUUAUCAGCACAAGUAAGAUGACGGUGGAGGGUUGGUACAAGAUGCUGGACACUGGAGCAACACCAGCACCUAAAAUAUAACCAGAGCUCACCUCUGGACCCUUAUUUACAUCUUCAAACACAUUUGAUGAGGAUUUUUAUUAUCAUUAUGGUGUUGUUCUUUUUUUUAAUACUGCAAUAUCUAAAAUCUUCCAAUACAAAAACAUUUAUGGAGCUGUACCAUGUAACAUUGUUUUAAUAACCUAUUAAGCUUUCACACAGGAUGAAAAUGUAGCCAUUGCAAGGAAUUCCUCCUCCAUCUCCAGUGCUUAGCCGACACCUCAGUCAGCAGCACUGGCCCACAGGCCCCACUGCCUCCCAGCUGUAGCACAUAAACUACAAAACACCUGAGUAUUUCUGAGAAAAAACCACUUCAUCCUUGUCCACAUCAGGACAUCACAUCUCUUUCCCUCCUUUCAUUUGUGCAGCACAUUAAGCAGAUCUUUAGUUAGGAUUAGAUGCUGCUCACCAUCCUCACUGAGCAAAGGGCUGACAGUUCCUACCAAUAAAUGCCCUACCCUGCGUUGACGCCAACGCUCCCACAGGGAUCCUUCCUGUCACAAAUUACACCAGGCUGCCUUAAUCUCACCAAUUCAACAAGUCUGUCGUUUUUGUUGUUUUAUUCCUUCUUGGAUAAAACCAGCUCUCAUUAUUCCUUCACCCAAACCCAGAAUGGAUAAUGACAAAGAAGCUGCACAUCCAAUUCCACGGAGUGGACAUUAGAGAUGUUCUUCUGUAAUGUCAUGAUUUGUAAUAUAAACAUGGAAAGACCAAAAUCAGGGCAAAUAUUCCAUUGCAAACAUUCAUUCUUCAAGGCCCCCAGCAGUCCAACAGGACACAAGCCUCACAGGUGCCCAGCUGAGCACAGAGCACGAAGAUCGGGAGGGAAGCACAAAGCUUCUCAACCAGUUUCCAUCUUACAACUCUUGUUCUGCCUUUGAGCAUCACUGUGUUUAAGUAAGGUAAGAUGCACAUCAAGACAGCUAGAAUGUUCUCGAGAAACUAUUACAGUGUUGGAAUCACCACUCCCCUGGAAGAAAACACCUGGUGCAAGUUUUUAUGAGCUACCUGAGUGACUGAACAAGGCACAGACAUCACAGUGAGUCAAAUCUCAAAUCUGAACUUUGUGUUGUUCAGAAAAGCAGCUCUGAACACACUGGAACAAAGCUUUGCUAUGUUUUAUCUAAAAAAGCAUGAGCAGCCCUGACGUCCCUCUGGGAAUCCAGUGAUGGGGGCAGAGGGGCCUGGCCAUGCACCCCGGGCUAUCGUGCUGUGUGCCGUGGCAUGCGCAGUCACUGCCAUCUCUCUAGAACCACAGUCCUUCUUGCAGCUGAAUUGUCUUCCUUCCUC